GGGGCAUGGUCUAUAAAUAGAAUAACCUAAGCGUUGUUUUACAUUCGUGCGGGAGUGAAUGGAGUAUGCUGUGUUGCGGUGUCUGUCUGUCUGUCUGUAUGUCUGUAUGUCUGUGAGAGCGUAAAUGAGUGCUUUUGUUUGUCUCUAUGUAUUUAAAACCUACACACUGAUCUUAUUUGAUCGACCCGGAUUCAGCCUUGGUCCGACGUCGAGAUGAUAAAACGAUGCUUGCUAGCCUCUAAGGCGAUGUGCGUACGAGAUCCAAACUCCAGGGCUUCCACACGAAGUUGUGGUCAGACGUGAUGAUUUGAUCAGAUAUACUAGUCUUGAGUGGACUUGACUAAUCCUCAAGUUUCACAACAGACCAUGAGUAUAGAAGCGAUUCUGAUCUAACCACAGUCUGAGGAAGUCCUGCUUAUUUUUGACUCGUUAGUUCUCUGAAACUACGAGGAAGCUUUAAUUCACCUCAUCCGAAACUAUGUUUUCCAAACCAAGGAUCGGAAAGACAAAGGCCUCAGUGAAAAGGCGUCAACGUCUUUCUGUCCUCCGUUAAAAGGAUCAACAGAAAACGAAUGUCGGCUUAAUAUCUUUGUUGAGUACAAGAAACCAUUACAAUUGUGAUGACUGAAUACAAUGCACACAACCAGCAUGCUUUCACUUGAAUCAAACUUUAAAUGUGAUUAAUGUUAACUUUUCUACUUGGUCGUUUGGUACACACAAAUAAAAUGGAGAAUAUUGUAGAUGAUAAUACCCAACCCACCCUGAUAGUUUCGGUAUGUGUUGUGAUUGUUGCCUUCCCAAGACCAGCUCUAACAUAAUAGCUCUCAUCCACAUACGGAGGUAUGUUUGGCUAGCCUACAUCCUCACAUUAAACUAGCGCGUAGCAUUUAUUGUCGGUCUAUAUGGUUUGACACAUUAUAUUUGAUAUGAUGUAAAGUAUUAAAACGAGUAAAAUACGAGUUUGUUGCUUUGAUUCUUUGACUAGAAUAUCCUGUACUUUCCAUACACACGUGACAAGGUUUGAUCCAAUCACAAGCCGAGCACGUCUUAAGGAAGGCGGGAAUGGAACGGUGUCGCUGCGUUCUGCGUAGUUUGCCCCCCCCGAACACGCCUGUACUAUGGCAGACCGCAGCAAAAGACAGAGAAUUAGUCGGGCCGCUUCCACCUCUCAAGUAACCAACAAUGUGCCACCUAUGUUCGGUGGUAGCCAGCCUGACGCCCGGGUUGCCAGUGAUGGUGAACCGGGUCGUUUUGUUGAAGGUUCCAUACUUCGUAUUGCGAUGAAUAACUUCCUAACCUAUGAACUCGCUGUCGUUAACCCGGGAGCUAACCUCAAUAUGAUUGUGGGGGCCAACGGAACCGGCAAGUCCAGCAUUGUGUGUGCCAUAUGUCUUGGUUUGGCUGGUAAGACUGCCCUCCUGGGUAGAGGAGAUAAGAUUGGGCUCUUUGUGAAGCGGGGAUGCAGUAGAGGAUCGAUUGAGAUUGAAUUGUACAAGAAUGGCGGUAAUGUGGUGAUAAACAGAGAGAUCAGCACAGAGAACCUGUCUCAAUGGACGCUGAAUGGAAAAUCCUGCAGUCAGAAGGUAGUGGAGGAAGAAGUCAAAGCCCUUCAAAUCCAAGUCAGCAACCUCUGUCAGUUCCUUCCCCAGGAGAAAGUGGGCGAGUUUGCAAAGAUGUCCAGGAUAGAGCUUCUGGAGGCCACCGAGAAGUCCGUGGGGCCACCAGAGAUGUACACGUACCACUGUGAGCUGAAGAACUUUCGUGGCAGAGAGAGAGAACUCGAGAAUACUGUGAAUGAGAAGGCUGCCUUUCUUGAAAGGGCGAAGCAGAAAAACGAGAGCAACAAGCUUGACAUGAAUCGCUACUAUGAGAAGAAGAGACAUCUGGACAUGAUCGAAUUGCUUGAGAAGAAGAAACCAUGGGUGGAGUUCGAAGCGGUUCGUAAAGAGCACGAGUCUGUGAAGACGGAACGGGAGGAGGUGAAGAAGCGUCUGUCCAGUCUGAAGCAGACCCAUGGUCCCAUGCUGAAGAAGAUCCAGCUGAUCAACAACCAACUGGAGCCGAUCGAGGCCCAGAUAAAGACCAAGACCAUCGACAUCAAAGAAGCCGCACGGAAGUGCAAAGCUAGACAGGACCAAUUGGACAGAAAGCAAAAAGAGAUCGACGACAUCAAGCAAGCUCUGAACCUGAAGCACACGGAGAAGGUGGACGAGGAGAAGCGCAUCGCCAACACCAAGACCAUCAUCGACGACCUGCAGAAGGAGCUCGCCACCGUGGGCGAGCAGCCAGACGUGUCAGCGCGUAUAGACGCCAUCAGCGUGGAGCUGAGGGGCCACCAGGAGGAGCGGGCCAGGUUGGACGGGGAGAAAUCAGACAUCCGCAGGGAGAAGGACAACAUGGUCGCAGAGUCCAAAAUGUUUACGAGGAGGCUGAACGACAUGAACAACAUGAUGAAGGCCAAGGAGGACAAGCUGAAGGUUCGCCACAAGGACACUUUCACCGCCAUCCAGUGGCUGCGGCAGAACCGACAGCUCUUCAGCGGGAACGUGCACGAGCCCAUGCUGCUAGUGCUCAAUGUGAAGGACCCUCGCUUUGCUAAGUACGUGGAGACUCACAUCGCCUUUAAUGACCUGCGGGGCUUUUUGUUCGAGAAGAGGGAGGACAUGGAGGCCUUCAUGAAAGAGGUGCGUGACAAAUUAAAACUGAGGGUGAACUCCAUCCUGGCCCCGGCAGUGUCUUGUGCCAACAAGCAACCGUCUCGACCAAUCGAGUCUCUCAAGCGCUUUGGGUUCUACUCCUACCUGCGUGAGAUGUUUGACGCCCCGACUGAUGUGGUCAGCUACCUGUGCCACCAGUACAACAUGCACGACGUUCCCGUGGGAACGGCCCAAACCAAAGCCAUGAUUAAUAAGGUCAUCGAGGAGCCUUACCUGAAGCUCAUCUACACGGCGGAUGAGCGGUAUGUGGUCAAGAAGUCGAUCUACUCCAACCACGUCAGCACUAACAACUCGCAGCUCCGGCCCUCCAAGUUCCUAACCAUCUCGGUGGACGCCGAGGAGAAAGGCCAAGUGGAGCAGCAGAUCCAGAACUGCGAGAGGAAGAUCAAGGACCUGAAUGAGCGUCUGGCAGGGCUGCAGGAGAACUUCUCCACCCUGGAGGGCCGGGACAACGAGCUAAGGAACGAGAAAAAGGGGCUGGUGGAGCAGAAGGGCAAGAAGAGGCAGCUGGAGCAGAAGAUCGCCACCAAGUUGGACAGUCUUCAACAAAUCGAGAAGAAUCGUGUCGACCUGAAGAAAUUGGAGGAAGACACCAAAACCAAAAUCGGUGCGGUCAAUGCCCAGAAGGUGGCCAUAAUGGUUGAAGUUAUGGACCAAAUUAAGCUGAGAGCCAGCCUGAGUAUGCUGAAGGUUCACCUUACACUGCAGACUCUGGGUCUCACUGCUGAGAAGACCCACCUGGAGGGGAGCUGUAAAGACAGACAAGCGGAGCUCAGGAUGUUGGAAGAUGCCUUCACUCGCCUGGACACGAAGAAGAACCAGCUGCAUGAGAGGUGCAAGGGCCUGAUGAGGAGCGCCCAGACCAUAUGCAAUAUGGGAGCAGCAGGGACGGUGCCUGCGGAGCUAAAGGUGGCCUUCAGCACGCUGCCUGACACCAUGGAGGAGCUGGACGCCCUGCUGAACGAGGAGUGCUCCAGGGCAGAGGGCUUCACUGGAAUCAGAGAAAACGUGGUGGAGGAGUACAACAGGAGAGAAGUGGAAAUCCAGAACCUGGAGAAGGAGCUGGGCGAUCAGAGCGAAGCCCUGAACACCUACAGAAUGAACAUGUCUGAGGCUAAAGAGCGCUGGCUGAACCCUCUAAGAACGCUGAUUUGUCAGAUCAACGAGAGGUUCGGCGAGUACUUCCGCUCGAUGCAGUGCGUGGGGGAGGUGGACCUCCAUUCAGAAAAGGAGGAAGAGUACGAUAAGUAUGGGAUCCGCAUCCGGGUGAAGUUCCACAACAGCACAGAGCUGCAUGAGCUGACGGCGCACCACCAGAGCGGGGGGGAGCGCAGCGUCUCCACCAUGCUCUACCUCAUGGCCCUGCAGGAGCUCAACCGCUGCCCCUUCAGGGUGGUGGACGAGAUCAACCAGGGAAUGGACCCCAUCAACGAGCGGAGGGUCUUUAAUAUCGUGGUCCGCACGGCGUGCAAGGAGACCACCUCACAGUACUUUUUCAUAACUCCAAAGCUCCUCCAAGACCUCCAGUAUGCCGAGGAGAUGACUGUGCUCUGCAUCCAUAACGGACCUCAGAUGCUGUCGCCGGGGGAUUGGGACGAGAAGGCCUUCCUUAGACGCAUCGCCCGGAGGAAGAAUCGCACCAAACCAGAAUAAAUACUUGAAACUUUGUAUUCCAGGAAAACGUAUGCAUGAAAAUGUAUGCAGUGUCCCCACGUUCCUAUUAGAAGUUAUUUAUGUUGAGCCUUUUCUGUUAUUAUUGACUGAUGAGUUUACAAUUCUGUGUACAUUUGAUGGACAGUAAUCGUCUUUUGGUUUCAUUCUGAACAACACCUCGUUCCAGUGGUGUCUGAGGUUAAUAACGAGCGUUACAAACAUGGCAUCUUGAGAAGGAAUUUAUUUCGCCUCCUCCACUAUCCACCUCCCCAUGGUUGUAGUUUUACAGCCUGGGAGGGGCCUUCAGGUGGAGUAGAAGCCCCCGUCGUGUUUCCUCGAGUAGCCCCUGUUUGCGUUAUGGUGGGACUCUUGGGGAGGGGAAAAAUAUUGUUGUAAUAAAGGAAAGGAUUAACAUGGCACCCAUGUGUUUUUCAAGUAUGGAACAGCCUAGUUGACUAAUUUAUUUCAUUGUUCCUUUGGUUUGCUCUGAUGAUCUGCACUUUUGUUUGUUAAUAAACAGUUUUGUUCAUAAUCAUAUUGUUAAUUCAUUACCACUGGAGUUCACCAGCUGUAGAUGAGUUUGACCAUGUAUAUCAUCUCACCUAUGGUUCCUUUGAUGCUGUAAAUGGAGCACUUCUGGGGGGUUAUCCACACCCUGAUGCUGUCGUUUUUAAGAUUCUUUUGCUGGAUUUCUUGCUUUUCACGUUCUUUUAGUGUCCUCCUGUUGGUUUACAUUAAAUAUGAGCGCAUCAAAGUGAUUUUCAUUUGGGGAGGUAAUACAGUCAUGGAUGGAUGUAAUUAGCAUAUUCCUGUUGGCCACCUAAUGUCGCCUGAGACGGUCUCCGGCUGGUACAAGGUCUGGUUCCUGGUGCGGAGGAAGUCUUC